AUGGGGGAAGCAGCUUCCAGGCCUGGGGACUAUCAUGAGCCACAGCUCCCGAAGCAUGUCUUCGAGGUCAGGUUGUCGAUCUACACCUUUGACUUAACAGGUGUCAGCCUGCUGAACUCCCUGGGCUCCAAUGUCACAGGUGCUUACCACAGCGGUUUGGUGGUGGCAGGCGAGGAAUGGUCCUUUGGUGGCCACGAUGAGACUGGACAGUCUGGAGUCUACAACUGCACGCCUGAGAUGAACCCAGAAUAUCAGUUCUAUGACCGCAUCGUCAUGGGUCGUGUACGAGGAUCCCUGCAACAGGUCCAAGACGUUAUUUUCCAACUGGGCCGAGCUGACGAGUGGACUGGGCCGCGGUACCAGCUCUUCGAGAACAACUGCAACCACUUUUGCUCCGACUUGUGCUGGGCCUUGCUAAGGCGCCGGCCACCAGAUUGGAUCAACCGCACAGCGGAGAAGUGCGCCAGGCAGAAUCGCUUGAAGCACAGCAAGGAACAGGGCAUCCGCUUGGCCUUGGCGAGCUACAAAGCGCGCCUGGGAGGACAUUUCGAGUCCAACUCCUCAGAGGGCCACAAGGUCUUCCAGGACCGGCUGCGGGCGAUCCACUUCCGUAAGGAGGGCCGCAGCAAGGCGGAGAUCGCGCAGUUGCUGGGCCGUUCGGAGCAGUUUGUAGCCAAGUGGUGGCAGAAGGAGGAAAGGGAAAUCCCCAGACCUUGGGGUGUUCAUGAAUACAUGUCCAAAGAACUGGGCAGCAAGACCGCCACCAGUGGCGCCCUGCUCGCCGCGGACUCUGCCACCAGCACUGCAACCUGGUGGAGGGACGUGGAGCUUCGCCGGCGCUACGCCUGCGACCCGGCCAUCUACGAGGAGCUCCUGACAAACACGGAGUGGAAGUCCUCAGCGGCCCGAACCCGGGACUUCUCGACCGGGGCUUCACAUGUGAAGUACGACAAGGAGGGGAAGAUGAAGCUUCAGGGCAACCAAGGCCCAGUGCAAGAAGAUUGCAACAGUUUGCUCCAAGCACGGGCGCCGGUGGUACAGCACACUGUCGUCGAGCAGCAGGAGAUUGUUUGGAAGAUCGCGAAGGAUAUCAACUACACGCUGCAGAUUUUCAGCAUAGUGCCCACCUUCGGCGCCGAUGGGAACUACAUCGCCUUGCUCCAUGACUUUGACCCUGUGCUCGCGAACUACACCGACGAGUAUGCUUUGUAUUGUUCAGAUGCCUCUGGUUUGCACAAAACGCAGCUGCGAGUCUAUGGCAAGGAGACAGGCAUCCGACUGAGCCUGAUCUUGAAAUGCGACUGGCCCGAGGAGCAGAGCGAGUUGGAAAAUUUUGAGGUCUUCUUGGAGAAUGACGAGGGGAAGGUUUUGGGGAAGGUUUCGGUGAACCACAACAAGCCAUCCGCAAAGCACCAGAGCGUUGCUUGCGUGCGCGACAUUUUUGCGUUGCAAGAGGCCUCGGAGACACUUGCGUACAAGCACUUUGUCGAGUGGUUAGAGUUUCAUCUCUACCAUGGGAUGGAUCACUUCUUCGUCUAUACCUUCGGCACUGUGGACGAUGUCUAUGAGGAGAUAUUGAAGCCAUACCUCCUGGCAGGGGCAGCAACCCGGAUCCACUUCAAGACGCGUCCUGACUUUCACCGGCUGCGGCACUACUGGAGCAUGACCGAUUGCUUGUACCGGUCCAAGAACCAUGCCACGUGGGUGAUGCCAUCUGUGGACCAGGAUGAGUAUUUCCGGGUCACCGGACCGAGCGAGCUUUUCGGCGACACUUCGGUGCCGCAGAACUAUUUCCGCACCGUGUGGGAUGCCAUUGUUCGCCAUGAAGGCAAACGAAUGGAGGACAUUCACAGCAUCAGCUUUGACCUGUACCGCUUCGACAACUCGCCCUCGAAUCAACUCUCAAUUAGUUCCACCAUGCGAGAAGACGAUAUACAGACGGCACCCUUCGUGAGGGGCCAUGGCAAGUUGGGUUUCCCCAAAUAUGUCUACAAUGUGAAGAAUGUGGACGCCGUGUACGUCCAUUGGGUCCACAGCUGGAAGCAUGGGACGCAGCAUAUUCACUUGUCUCCCAAAUUGGGAGUCGCCAACCACUACCGUAAACCCUUUGACGAUCCCUGGGGCGGCCCAUUGAUCCAAACCAAUGUGUCGGAUUUUGCGUUGCAGAGCGAGGUUGCCGCCUUGGAAGAGGCUUUGGCGACACGCUUUCAAUGCGACCCGAGCAAGUUCCUGGAGCACCUCUACCACCAGACCAUUGCGCCGGACCCACCCAACUCUGACGAUUACAUCAAACCACGAAAAAUCGGCUGGAGGCCGCCCUUUUGGCCUCGCAGCACGCCUUAG